UAGCAACGUGGACUGAAGUGUUGAAAAUAGAAACGUAUCUGGUUCUACCAGCGCAUUGGACUUCAUGACAUAGUAGACAUGAGUGUAUUUAAUUGUCUCAAAUUUACCCGUAAAGUUACAUACAAAUAUUGGCCACAACUGAUCAGGGAAGUACCAUCGACAUAUUAAUAUAAGAAUAAUAGCGCAAAUAUGACGACAGCCUCAAAAAAUCUCGAAAUAAUUAAUGAAAAGAAAAUGUUCGACGAUCUCCUCCCUGAAGUAAUAAUGACACUACAAAACAAAUCCAAGUUAUCUGAAGUACCCCAAAUAGGAGAUUGGUUGAAAAAGAUGCUUCAUUACAAUUUGGUUGGCGGUAAACAUACAAGAGGAAUAACUACUGUGAUUUCAUACAAAACAAUUGAAAAACCGGAAAAAGUCACCGAACAUACUUUGAAAUUGGCCUGUAAGCUGGGAUGGUGUGUCGAAAUGUUUCAGGCAUAUUGCAUUGUGCUGGAUGACAUUAUGGAUGGUUCAAGCGUUCGACGCGGCAUGCCCUGUUGGUAUCGGCGUCCGGAAGUGGGCAUCACAUGCGCCUUUAACGACUCUCUUUUGAUACACAGUUCUUUAUUUGAAUUUCUAAAAACUAAUUUCAGGACCAAUCCUAAUUAUAUAAAAAUGUUUGAGCUUUUUAAUGAAACUUUAUGGAGCACUUCAAUGGGUCAACAUUUAGAUCAUGUAACAGGAAAUCGAAAAACAGACUAUUCUUCAUUUACUCUGGAUCGUUACUACACUAUUAUAAAAUACAAGGCCGCAUAUUACACCUACAAUUUACCCGUUUCCCUUGGUUUACUACUAGCUGAAAAUGUGGAUGAAAAAAUUUAUAAAUUUGCUCAAGACAUUUGCUUGGAAAUAGGAACGAUGUUCCAAAUUCAGGACGAUUUCAUAGACUGCUUCGGUGAUGAAAUAAAAACUGGUAAAGUUGGUACAGAUAUACAAGAGCGCAAAUGUACUUGGUUGGCAGUUCAAGCGCUGCAGCGCUGUACUGAAGCACAACGUACAGUAUUCAAAGCCUGUUAUGGUAGCAGUGAACCAGCACAUGUGGAACGCAUAAAACGACUUUACGAAGACCUUCACCUCCCGCAGAUAUACAAGCAUCAAGAAAAAGCGAUGUACGACAAUAUUAUAAGACAAAUUGAAAAUAUACCAAUAGAGGCCGCCCGCGUUCUCUUUAAAAAGUUGUUGGAUAUUACGUACAAUAGGCAACAUUAAGCAAUAAUAUAAUAUAUUCUACACAAAGCCUUUAUUUACCACUGUUUGUCUGAGCAUG